GCAGAGGGCACUGGGCACCAAGCGUGUUCGUGCAUGUGUCUGUGUGUAUAUAUGUGUGUCUGUGUGUGUGUAUAUAUGUGUGUCUGUGGGUGUGUAUAUAUGUGUGUGUGUGUAUAUAUGUGUGUGUGAUAUACAGAGAGUAUUGUGUUUGACUGAGAAUGUCCGUGUGUUUAUUGCAGCGUAUUAUGCAAUUCCAGCCCUUUUCCUCUGUUUCUGCUGCACAGGGCAGUGGGCCUUUGGAGGCCUGGUUGGUUGCUGUUCUGCACUAUGUGACAAAUGUAUGAGUUAAAAGCCUUAUAAAGACGUGAUGUGCGGGGAUUGAGGACAGGCAGUCAGAGAGGAAUGUUAAUCACAGUUAGAGUCAGAGAGAUGUCCCGGCUGAUCCAUCCAGGCAAUAACAUCACUCUGGUGUGUCGUAAUGUCAUCUAGAUUCUAUUGAUAUGACCACACCCUCAUCACUCCACAGGAUCAUCAAGAGUCAUCAUCAAAUUGCCUCGCAAGCGUUUGGGAAAUUAAAUAUUUAGUGUCUUUCUCUCUCUCUCUCUUUCUCCUAUCCCUCUCCCCCUCAUCCCUCCCUUUCCCCCUCGCCUCACCCCAUCCCUCUCCCCGCCACCCUCCCCUCAUCCCUCUCCCCUCCACCCUCACCCCAUCCCUCUCCCCUCAUCCCUCUCCCCUCCACCCUCCCCUCAUCCCUCUCCCCUCCACCCUCUAACCCCCUCAGUCUGAGACCAUGAACUACGUGGGCCAGUUGGCAGGCCAGGUGUUUGUGCAGGUGAAGGAGCUGUACCGGGGCCUGAACCCGGCCACCCUGUCGGGCUGCAUCGAUGUCAUCGUGGUGCGUCAGCCUGACGGCACCCUGCAGUGCUCGCCCUUCCACGUUCGCUUCGGCAAGAUGGGUGUGCUGCGCUCCCGUGAGAAAGUGGUGGACAUAGAGAUCAAUGGAGAGCCUGUGAGUCUACAAAUGAAGCUGGGGGAGAACGGAGAGGCCUUUUUCGUCAAGGAGACAGAGAACACACUGGAAGGGAUUCCGUCCUACCUGGCAACGUCACCUAUUGUGUCCCAUGGGGUGGAGCUAAUGGAAGCCCAGCUGGGGAAGGGUAUGUCUCGCCUCUCUGACCCCGCCUCCCUCUCGGUCCAGACCCUGAGCUCCCAGCAGACCAUAGGAGGAGGAGGAGGAGGAGGAGGGAUGAUGAUGAAAAAGAGGAGGAAGAGGAGGAAGAAAGCGCGGGAGAGCGGAGGUGGUAGGCGGGAAGAGAGUGGGGAGCACUCAGAGGAUGAGGACAUGUUCACCAUCGAUAUGAGCACUGACGAGGAGCAAGAGCACGAUAACAACUCCAGCAGGGCCUCUACUCCAGAGUUUGAUGAAGAGCAGGGGCCUAAGGCCAGUGUGUUGAGCAGCACCUACACCCAGAACACAACAUACACACACCCUGACGCAGACUGGGCACACUCGCAGAGUCCUCUGAUAGAACAUACUCUGUCUAUCCCUCCUAGUGGUGGUCUGUCCAUCUCCUGUCCACAGCAGACUGCUCUCUUCCCUUCUCUGAUCAGCAGCCCAGGCGGCUCCAGCCCCUCCACUCCAAAGAGUGACUCAGAGCUGACCAAUCAGAGCAAAGACAACCCUGAGAUGAUGUGGGCCUGGGGAGAGCUGCCACAAGCUGCCAAGCCCUCCUUCUUCCCUCCGUUCCAGAUGCAAGAUUCUUUGAUGAUGUCCCCUGUCACCAUCCCUGUGUGUGACAGCACACACUUCAGAACCAUCACUGGAGACGGUGGCCCCUCUGAUCCGAUCCAGUCCCAGAGCCAAAAAGACAGCGCCCCCCCGUCCCUCACCCUGUAUGUUCCACAGCCCGAAGACAACAUAGCUGGGGCCGGGUCUGGGGCCGGGUCUGGAGCAAGGUCUGGGGCCGGGUCUGGAGGAGGGUCUGGAGCCGGGUCUGGAGCCGGGUCUGGAGCAGGGUCUGGGGCAGGGUCUGGGGCAGGGUCUGGAGCAGGGUCUGGGGCCGGGUCUGGGGCCGGGUCUGGAGCAGGGUCUGGAGCAGGGUCUGGAGCAGGGUCUGGGGCAGGGUCUGAGGCUGGGUCUGGGGCCGGGUCUUGGGCUGGGUCUGGGGCCGGGUGUGGGGCAAGGUCUUGGCCUGGAGAAGACAUGGAGGAAGUAUGGGCAGCCUGUAGAGAGGUGGAGGGACUGGUGGCCUCCAGGAUGCUGUCAGAACUGGAUGAGGGGUGCCAUAGGGACAACACGGUCAGACACACAGACUCCCCAUCUAAGAGGAAAGACAAGAGGAGCCACCACCUGGGCUCUGAUGGAAUCUACCUGGAUGACAUCACUGAGCUGGAGCCAGAUGUGGCCGCUCUCUACUUCCCCAAAAGUGACGGGGGCGGUUCAGUGAGAGGUGGCUUGGAAACGGGAGUGCGGAGUGCCAACCAAUCCCCUCAGUCGGUGGGCAGCAGUGGGAUGGACAGCGGCGUGGACAGCUACUCUGACCAGCUGGGAGAUAUGCCCAACAUCGCCAUCUCCCUGUGUGGAGGUCUCACUGACAACAGAGAGAUCACAAGAGAACAGUUUGAGGAGAGAGCCAUCUCUUACCAGCAGUUCACUGAGAACCCCUCCAUCAUUGACGAUCCCAACCUGGUUGUCAAGAUAGGAACCAAGUAUUAUAACUGGACCACUGCAGCCCCUCUGAUGCUGGCUAUGCAGGUGUAUCAGAAGCCCCUGCCAAUGGCCUCAGUGGAGAACAUCAUGAAGGAGAAGAUGCCCAAGAAAGGAGGCCGCUGGUGGUUCUCGUGGCGCAGCAGGAACAGCGACUCCAAAUCGGACUCCGUGUCUGAGACAGGAGUUGGAGAUGAGGGUGACACCUCUCUCAGCAUGGCUUCAGUCAACGGAAUGAAGGAGGAGUCUUCCUCCAGCGAUGAGGACCACAGAUUGUCCAAUCAGGGCUCAGAAUCCUGCAACACCGAGCCCCUUCUCACACCCGGUAGUGUGUGCUACAGGAAGACCCUCAGACUGACCCCAGAGCAGCUGGCCAGUCUGCAGUUGAAGGUGGGUCCUAAUGAGGUGGUGUUCAGUGUGACCACUCAGUACCAGGGCACCUGCCGCUGCCAGGGCACCAUCUACCUCUGGAGCUGGGACGACAAGAUCAUCAUCUCAGACAUUGACGGCACCAUCACCAGGUCGGACACCCUGGGCCACAUUCUUCCCACGCUGGGUAAAGACUGGACGCAUCAGGGCAUUGCCCGCCUCUACCACCGAGUCAGCCAGAAUGGUUAUAAGUUUAUGUACUGCUCAGCGAGGGCCAUAGGUAUGGCUGAUAUGACGAGGGGGUAUCUACACUGGGUCAACGAGAGAGGAACCAUGCUGCCUAUUGGACCUGUCCUACUCAGCCCCAGCAGUCUGUUCUCAGCUCUGCACAGGGAGGUGAUAGAGAAGAAGCCUGAGAGGUUUAAGAUCCAGUGUCUGACCGACGUGAAGCAGCUGUUCUACCCCAACACUGAGCCUUUCUACGCAGCCUUCGGCAACAGAGCCACGGAUGUGUAUUCCUAUAAGGAGGUGGGCGUUCCCCUAAACAGGAUCUUCACAGUCAACCCCAAGGGAGAGCUGAUACAGGAACACGCUAAGACCAACAUCUCAUCGUAUGGUGGUCUGUGUGAGGUGGUGGACCACGUCUUUCCCCUGUUGAUCAGAGGCCACGUCUCUGACGUCUCCUGCCCUGACACCUUCAGCCAGUUCACCUACUGGAGAGAACAGCUGCCCCAGGUCCACAUCCCUGACCAGGUCCACAUCCCUGACCAGGUCCACAUCCCUGACCAGGUCCACAUCCCUGACCAGGUCCACAGCUCAGACCACCCACCGGUCCACAGCCCCAAGUCCACAGCCCCGACCAGCCCCAAGUCCACAGCGCCGACCAGCCCCUGGACAACAGCUGAGGAGACCCCACACCACAUCAGACCACCCCAGGAGUGAGCUGUGUGCAAUCACGGAAGGGAAGGGAGAGACACGCUCAAAAUCAUAAUGAUGCAGGCAUGCAAAUGCAAGAAGCAUGUAUCUGCUCUAAUGCCACACACACACACACACACACACAGCUAUGCAGAGGCAGACCUUGCACUAGUGAAAAUGUACUUCCUACAACAACAGGCAUGUUAGCACUGAGUGGUAUUUAUAUGUAGUCAUCAUUUAUAUUUAUGUUUUACUCUUCAGUGUUGUUUUCUCUGCAUUAUCGAGCCUACUCAUACACGUCUACUGUUCAUCAGGUGAAAUAGGUACAUUACCUAGCCUAGUCAUACAGAGCCUACUGUUCAUCAGGUGAAAUAGGUACAUUACCUAGCCUAGUCAUACACGUCUACUGUUCAUCAGGUGAAAUAGGUACAUUAUCUAGCCUAGUCAUACAGAGCCUACUGUUCAUCAGGUGAAAUAGGUACAUUAUCUAGCCUAGUCAUACAGAGCCUACUGUUCAUCAGGUGAAAUAGGUACAUUAUCUAGCCUAGUCAUACAGAGCCUACUGUUCAUCAGGUGAAAUAGGUACAUUACCUAGCCUAGUCAUACAGAGCCUACUGUUCAUCAGGUGAAAUAGGUACAUUACCUAGCCUAGUCAUACAGAGCCUACUGUUCAUCAGGUGAAAUAGGUACAUUACCUAGCCUAGUCAUACAGAGCCUACUGUUCAUCAGGUGAAAUAGGUACAUUAUCUAGCCUAGUCAUACAGAGCCUACUGUUCAUCAGGUGAAAUAGGUACAUUACCUAGCCUAGUCAUACAGAGCCUACUGUUCAUCAGGUGAAAUAGGUACAUUACCUAGCCUAGUCAUACAGAGCCUACUGUUCAUCAGGUGAAAUAGGUACAUUAUCUAGCCUAGUCAUACAGAGCCUACUGUUCAUCAGGUGAAAUAGGUACAUUAUCUAGCCUAGUCAUAUACGUCUACUGUUCAUCAGGUGAAAUAGGUACAUUAUCUAGCCUAGUCAUACAGAGCCUACUGUUCAUCAGGUGAAAUAGGUACAUUACCUAGCCUAGUCAUACAGAGCCUACUGUUCAUCAGGUGAAAUAGGUACAUUAUCUAGCCUAGUCAUACAGAGCCUACUGUUCAUCAGGUGAAAUAGGUACAUUAUCUAGCCUAGUCAUACAGAGCCUACUGUUCAUCAGGUGAAAUAGGUACAUUACCUAGCCUAGUCAUACACGUCUACUGUUCAUCAGGUGAAAUAGGUACAUUAUCUAGCCUAGUCAUACAGAGCCUACUGUUCAUCAGGUGAAAUAGGUACAUUAUCUAGCCUAGUCAUACAGAGCCUACUGUUCAUCAGGUGAAAUAGGUACAUUAUCUAGCCUAGUCAUACAGAGCCUACUGUUCAUCAGGUGAAAUAGGUACAUUACCUAGCCUAGUCAUACAGAGCCUACUGUUCAUCAGGUGAAAUAGGUACAUUAUCUAGCCUAGUCAUACAGAGCCUACUGUUCAUCAGGUGAAAUAGGUACAUUAUCUAGCCUAGUCAUACAGAGCCUACUGUUCAUCAGGUGAAAUAGGUACAUUAUCUAGCCUAGUCAUACAGAGCCUACUGUUCAUCAGGUGAAAUAGGUACAUUAUCUAGCCUAGUCAUACAGAGCCUACUGUUCAUCAGGUGAAAUAGGUACAUUAUCUAGCCUAGUCAUACAGAGCCUACUGUUCAUCAGGUGAAAUAGGUACAUUAUCUAGCCUAGUCAUACAGAGCCUACUGUUCAUCAGGUGAAAUAGGUACAUUAUCUAGCCUAGUCAUACAGAGCCUACUGUUCAUCAGGUGAAAUAGGUACAUUAUCUAGCCUAGUCAUACAGAGCCUACUGUUCAUCAGGUGAAAUAGGUACAUUAUCUAGCCUAGUCAUACAGAGCCUACUGUUCAUCAGGUGAAAUAGGUACAUUACCUAGCCUAGUCAUACAGAGCCUACUGUUCAUCAGGUGAAAUAGGUACAUUAUCUAGCCUAGUCAUACAGAGCCUACUGUUCAUCAGGUGAAAUAGGUACAUUAUCUAGCCUAGUCAUACAGGGCCUACUGUUCAUCAGGUGAAAUAGGUACAUUAUCUAGCCUAGUCAUACAGAGCCUACUGUUCAUCAGGUGAAAUAGGUACAUUAUCUAGCCUAGUCAUACAGAGCCUACUGUUCAUCAGGUGAAAUAGGUACAUUAUCUAGCCUAGUCAUAUACGUCUACUGUUCAUCAGGUGAAAUAGGUACAUUAUCUAGCCUAGUCAUACAGAGCCUACUGUUCAUCAGGUGAAAUAGGUACAUUACCUAGCCUAGUCAUACAGAGCCUACUGUUCAUCAGGUGAAAUAGGUACAUUACCUAGCCUAGUCAUACACGUCUACUGUUCAUCAGGUGAAAUAGGUACAUUACCUAGCCUAGUCAUACAGAGCCUACUGUUCAUCAGGUGAAAUAGGUACAUUACCUAGCCUAGUCAUACAGAGCCUACUGUUCAUCAGGUGAAAUAGGUACAUUAUCUAGCCUAGUCAUACAGAGCCUACUGUUCAUCAGGUGAAAUAGGUACAUUAUCUAGCCUAGUCAUACAGAGCCUACUGUUCAUCAGGUGAAAUAGGUACAUUAUCUAGCCUAGUCAUACAGGGCCUACUGUUCAUCAGGUGAAAUACAGUGCCUUGUAAAAGUAUUCACCACCCUUGGCUUUUUUCCUAUUUUGUUGCAUUACAACCUGUAAUUUAAAUGUAUUUUUAUUUGGAUUUCAUCAAAAUAGUCCAAAUUGGUGAAGUGAAAUGAAAAAAACGACAUGUUUAAGAAAAGUGUGCUAUGAAGCCCCUAAAUAAGAUCUGGUGCAACCAAUUACCUUCACAAGUCACAUCAUUAGUUAAAUAAAGUCCACCUGUGUGCAAUCUAAGUGUCACAUGAUCUGUCACAUGAUCUCAGUAUAUAUACACCUGUUCUGAAAGGCCCCAGAGUCUGCAACACCACUAAUCAAGGGACACCACCAACCAAGUGGCACCAUGAUGACCAAGGAGCUCUCCAAACAGGUCAGGGAUGAAGUUGUGGAGAAGAAGUACAGGACAGGGUGGGUUAUAAAAAAAUAUCCAACAUUUUGAACAUCCCACGGAGCACCAUUAAAUGAAUUAUUAAAGAAUGUAAAGGAUAGGGCACCACAACAAACCUGCCAAGAGAGGAUUGCCCACCAAAACUCACGGACCAGGCAAGGAGGGCAUUAAUCAGAGAGGCAACAAAGAGACCAAAGAUAACCCUGAAGGAGCUGCAAAAGCUCCAUAGUGGAUAUUGGAGUAUAUGCACUCCACAGAGCUGGGCUUCACGGAAGAGUGGCCAGAAAAAAAGCCAUUGCUUAAAAACAAAAAUAAGCAAACAUGUUUGCUGUUCACCAAAAGGCAUGUGGGAGACUCCCCAAACAUAUGAAAGAAGAUACUCUGGUCAGAUGAGACUAAAAUUGAGCUCUUUGGCCAUCAAGGAAAACACUAUGUCUGGGGCAAACCCAACACCUCUCAUCACCCCGAUAACACCAUCCCCACAGUAAAGCAUGGUAGUGGCAGCAUCAUGCUUUGUGGAUGUUUUUCCAUCGGCAGGGACUGGGUAACUGGUCAGAAUUGAAUGAAUGAUGGAUGGCGCUAAAUACAGGGAAAUUCUUGAGGGAAACUUGUUUCAGUCUUCCAGAGAUUUGAGACUGGUUCACCUUCCAGCAGGACAAUGAGUGAUUAGUUAUGCACGCUCAAGUUUUCAGUUUUCUUGUCUUAUUUCUUGUUUGUUUCACAAUGAAAAAUAUUUAGCAUCUUUAAGUGGUAGACAUGUUGUGUAAAUCAAAUGAUACAACCCCCCCAAAAAUCUAUUUUAAUUCCAGGUUGUAAGGCAACAAAAUAGGAUUAAUUGCCAAGGGGGUGAUUACUUUCACGAGCCACUGUGGGUACUACUUUUAGGCAAAAGAAGCACUGAUUCAGUUGCCUGACGACUCAAACUGAAUUAUUCUUCUGCUCUAUGUUCUCUACAUACUUCAGUCUGAGACUGCCAUCGUUGAAAUAACUUGUGGUGACGUCAAAAUGAGGGGUGUUGUACAAAACAAAGUAAUUCAGCAAUUGGAUCAUCUCUAACCAGAGUAUCAAAGUAUCAAAUAACACAUUUUUAAAACACCGCUUUACCCACGUGUGUUCUUGCUCUGGCCCAACCCAUCGGUUUCUGGGACCAAUCAGAAUGGUUCAAAUGUGAUUGAGUUCUAGAAAUUGUCAGGAAGGUACUCAGAUCCCGACUCAUUGCAGAGAAGAAACUAACGGCGUGGCGUAGCGUUUAGCCAGAGCAAGGAGUUUGGGUAACCAGACAACUGAUAAAAGUACAGCCUACUGGGAAAAAUCACUGUGAAGUACGGUCUACCUGAAAAAAAUCACUGUGAAGUACAGACUACCUGGAGAAAUCACUGAAGUACAGUCUACCUGGAAAAAUUAUUGUGAAGUAGAGCCUAACAUUGAAACAGCUGAGUUUCACCCAGAUAACGUUGUCUGAUUAACGGCAUUACUUUUGAUUGAAUCUACUACAUUUUCAGAUCUAAUGUUCACAUACAUUUUAAGCGCUAAUGUUCACAUACAUUUUAGGCGCUAAUGUAAUAAAUGCUCAGCAAUACAAUAUUAUCAUUAACUUGCAAUGAAAAUAUUAUAGGACAUGACAAUAAUUCAGUUCACCUGUGAGCUCCAAACUUGUCCUUAUAAUUGAUAUAUAUACCACGGUUAAGGGCUGUUCUUAUGCACUACGCAACGCGGAGAGCUCCGAUACAGCCCUUACCUUUGGUUUAUUGGCCAUAUACCACAAACCCCCGAGGUGCCUUAUUGCUGUUAUAAACUGGUUAGCAACAUAAUUAGAGCAGUAAAAAUAAAAUGUUUUGUCAUACACGUGGAAUAAGGUCUGAUAUACCAUGGCUGUCAGCCAAUCAGCAUUCAGAGCUCAAACCACCGAGGUGCCUUAUUGCUGUUAUAAACUGGUUAGCAACGUAAUUAGAGCAGUAAAAAUAAAAUGUUUUGUCAUACACGUGGAAUAAGGUCUGAUAUACCAUGGCUGUCAGCCAAUCAGCAUUCAGAGCUCAAACCACCGAGGUGCCUUAUUGCUGUUAUAAACUGGUUAGCAACGUAAUUAGAGCAGUAAAAAUAAAAUGUUUUGUCAUACACGUGGAAUAAGGUCUGAUAUACCAUGGCUGUCAGCCAAUCAGCAUUCAGGGCUCAAACCACCCAGGUUAUAAGAAGUUUUAAAUCAUGUUUCCUUUUGGGUUCCAUGUAGAACCCUUUCCACAGAGGGUUGUACCUGAAACCAAACAUGGUUCUAUCUGGAACCAAAAGGGGUUCUUCAAAGGGUUCUCCUAUUGGGACAGCAUUUCGCUACACUCGCAUUAACAUCUGCUAACCAUGUGUAUGUGACAAAUAAAAUUUGAUUUGAUUUGAAGAACCCUUUUUGGUUCUAGAUAGCACCUUUUUUCUAAGAGUGUAGCAGCAUUCCAUAUUAGGGUUUUAUUCUUCAGUUUCUUGUCUUGUUCUAUGUAAGGUAAAUAUGUUACUGAUCAACUGAACUAAACCUGGUAACUAUUGUAGCUCUUCAGUUUAUUAACAAGGCACAGAGGGGGGUUUCCUAUCUCAUUGAUGUCUCUCACCCAUAGUCAUCAAUAGUCCUUUAAUGCUAAUUUAACACUUCAGAAUAGACAUCUAAAACUGUCAUUACUCUGAUAAUAAGCAACGCAAGAAAACUCAGGUUGUUUCACUCUGUUUCUAUAAACAAUGACACAUAACAUAUCAUAUUCUCACUGCGUGCACUGUGCAGGGAGAUUGUCUUGGCUACCAUUAUGGUCACUGAAUAGCCUACUAGUCCUGUCGCAUCAGUCAGGUGUGUGACGGAGCUCUUUUUGGGGGGAGUAUUAUGUUGCAGAUAAUAGAAAACAUAUUCUUUCAUUUGCUUUGGUUGUCUAUCAUCUUCAACUCUAACUGCGAGAUGAGAGAAACCUACUAAUUUAUGGACUAUUUCAUGAAUAUCAUUUUUAAGAAGCAGCUUGUGAACACGCUUGUAUUUGGCCUUUGAUUUUAUAUAUUGUGUUUAUGUGAUUGUUCAUAUUCAGAGUAUUGGUGUUUAUUCUCACUUUUGUAUAUAGUGCAAUGUUUUUUAGUGAUCUAAUUCAGAAACAUUGAUCUUGUCAGUCAUUGGCUGGCUUCUGGACUACAGUAGUUUGAUCUAAAAUGGCUAACAACAUUUUGCAUUGACUUCAGUGUCCACUGAAGCAAAGCCAUUGAGGAGUUCUACAACAGUAAAAAUGCAAUAUUCUACUAAAUUCUAGAAUCUAUUACUAAGAUACAAAUAACUUUAUAGAUUACAGCACUGAUGUUCCUUGUCAUUUCAGCCAUUAGAAUUCUCAAUAUCCUUGAAUAUUCUAAACCUCCUCAAAGGGUUAAAAGCAAAAAGCACCGUCAGUCAGUGCAUCAGUCAGUCCAUCUUAUCUCUGUUGUUAUCAGAGCAGGUGGCAGCAUGUUUCUAGGAGUGGCAGCCAUGUAAUGUAUAUCUAAUGUGUAUAUGGUGCAAUUUCCAAUGUUAUCCUGUAUGUAGUAUGGAUGAGUUCAACAACUAAAAUGCAAGACGUCCUGUACGACCUGAAUGAAUACUAACACUGUGGUAUUUCUCUCUUUUUCGUUUGAUCAUAUUGAUGACCAAUACAAACUUGAUCACAUCACUGUGAAGGAGAGAAGGUUCUCACUGUCCCUUUGGACCAUAUUGAUUUAAAUAAGUUUGAAUUUCUUGACAAGAUGUCUUUCAUGGGCUGGUUGAAACAUCCAUUGCCAUUCCUCUAGUCAUGGGUUUCUCGGAUGAAUUUAAAUAGAGGUAUUUCAGAAUAUUGAGACAGAGACGAACGUGAGCUGUUGGACUCGCCAUCAACCUAAGAGGUGUGUUGGUAUUUGGAGGAGCCGUAACGGAUGGAUGGAAGCAUGGAUAGAUGGAUGGAUGAGUGAAAGGAGGCAUCUGAUGUCACUGUUGUGUUCACUUGUCUUGUCCUGUGUGUCUUUGGUUCCUCUUGUCUCCUUAAUGUAUUGUCACACAAUUUGUUCCAAGUAUGUUGAAUUACUACUCUGUGUAUUCUGGUUAAGCAGACUGACUGUUCUUUCUGUGAAAGAUCCAUAUGAACAAAGUGAUUUUGUCUUAUGUCUUGGUUGUCUGUCCUCUUUGGUUUUGUUUCUAAGAUGUACAGAAUCCAUUACUCUUGCACUGUGUCAUGUUGUAUAGCUAAACAAUCUGGUUUCAAAAAAUAACUGUAUAUUGAAAAUAAUUAUUUCAAUAAAUGCUCAAAUGAUUGUU